UAUUCAUGAUAUUUAUAUAACUUGUGUUUUCUAUUUUGGCUUCACGUACUUGCCGUAGAAUACUCAUACGCGCCUGCGCAAUUCAUUGUUUAAAACAAGUAUGGCGUCCUCCUUCAGGGUGUGUAGAAUGCAUAUGAGGGGAACGGGCAGCCUUUUAAAGCGUAUUCAAAUUAUUGAUACGUGUCUACAGAGAAGAAUUGUGACCAACGUGGUUGAACCGUCUAAUGUGUUGAAGAAUGAAGAGAACGGUGAACAGGAAGGAUGGAAGGCAUUUGAUGCUAUUCAGCUAGAGAGACAAGAACAGGCUGAGAGAUCUGUCCUCAUCAGCUGUCAUUCCAAGACAAAUGAGAAAAAGUUUCUCAAGUAUUUAUCAAUACACGGGGACAUCAAGAACAGUUUCUUUUAUGAAAGCUAUGGCACAUAUGCGGUGGUGGAGUUUGCCAAUCAGGAAAGCAUCGCCUCUUUACAUGAAGCGGUUAACCUCCCUGUGGUCAGCAAUGAAUCUGUGGUGCCUUUCAAGUCCAGACUGUUGUCACUGAGGAGCCUAGGGGCUGCAGUUGUGCCAAACAGUCAGACUGGCCCAAAGUGCAAACCACAGGCCACCAUACCUCUCACCGAGCUCAUCCAGAGACUGUCCAAAGAAGAGAGUAUAGACCACCAGGUAACGUCUCUCAUGAAAGCCUACCAGGUCACGGAGGAGAACACACGCCUGCGCUUCCUGGUCUGCUCCCUGCUGAAGGACAUUGCUGCUGCCUAUUUCCCAGAAUGCAACGUCAGGCCCUUUGGUUCAUCUGUGAACGGUUUUGGGAAGCUUGGCUGUGACCUGGACAUGUUCUUGGACCUGGACGGUAUCAGUGGGAGGAACGUUGCAAUGCCAAAGGCAGGCCUGGUGCUGGAAUACCAGAUGAAGAGGUCCAACUCUGAGCGGGCCGUCACCCAGAGCAUUCUCUCCGUGGUCGGGGAGUGCGUGGACCGCUUCGGGCCCGGCUGCGUUGGGGUGCAGAAGAUCCUGAACGCCCGGUGCCCCCUGGUCCGGUUUUCCCACCAGCCCUCCAACUUUCAGUGUGACCUCACAGCCAACAACAGGGUGGCGAUGAAGACCUCUGAGCUGCUGUACCUGUACGGCUGCCUGGACGGGCGUGUGCGGGGCCUGGUGUUUGCCGUGCGCUGCUGGGCCCGGGUGCACAGCGUCACCAGCAGCAUCCCCGGCGCCUGGAUCAGCAACUUCUCCCUCACCGUCAUGGUGCUGUUCUACCUGCAGCGCAGAGCCACGCCCCUCAUCCCUACCCUGGACCACCUCCGCAGCCUGGCAGGCCCUGCGGACAAGAGCGUGAUUGAGGGCAACGACUGCACGUUUGUCAGCGACCUCAGCAAGAUCCAGCCCCAGGACAACACAGAGACGCUGGAGCAACUUUUGUGUGGGUUCUUUCACUUCUACAGCACCUUUCCGUUUGCCAGGAAGUCCAUCAAUAUCCGAAAGGGCAAGGAGCAGACCAAACCCGAGGUGGUGCCCCUGCACAUCCAGAACCCCUUCGAGGUGUCGCUCAACGUCAGCAAGAACGUCAACGCCGCCCAGCUGGAGCGCUUUGUGGCGCUGUGCCAGGAGGGCGCAUGGCAGCUGGAGCAGAGCGCCACGCUGACGCGCGGCACCGGCCACGCCCCUUCGCCGUGGGGGCUGGCGGCGCUCCUCGUCCCCGCCGCCGGGACCCCGGGGAUCAAAGGUCGCAAGAAGAGGAAGCGGGAGCCGGCCAGCGAGAGGAUCAAGAGCCUGUUGGAGUCGCUGAAGAACAAGAUAUAGAGGCCGGCAUGUGUGGGAGGACUUGUUCCAGAGACCUUUCCUGUCCCCGUGCUUCGAGGAGGAGGUGGGGAGAGGCUGUUGUCCCUCGAUACGUGAUCAUUCAACAGCACUGACACUGGGAUGUAUGGUUUUGAAUGGGCUGCAGUUUCACAUGUGAACACCAGAGGGGGUUGCAGUGCCCUGUUUGGGCAUGCAUGCAUAGUUCCAGGCAUGGGGAGGGAUGUUUCACACAUCACCGAAGCCCCCCUCUGUUAAGCCUCACUCCGGACUGAGGAAACUAUUUGCUUAUUAUAGAGCAAAGAAUACGCCUCUUGUUGUGUUUAUCUUGUUUGUCUGUAACCUUGUGUACAGAGAUAUUAUGGAAGCCACCCAAUCUUGAUCUUUUGCACAAAUACAAUCAUGAUUGUGGGUA